AUGAACUCUCAAAAUUCACACCGAGGAUGGUCGCUGUUGAAAUACAAGGAAAUUAAGCGCAGUGGGCGUGAAGUAUACAAUGAUGUGCGGGUGUUGCUUGAUGAACCUAAAAGAAUUCUUACAGUGUUUCGAGGAAUGGAAGAACUUGAACGCAUUUAUUGUAAUAUGGAAGUUUCAAAGUUUCCUUGCUUGAAAAUGAAAGGCCCACAGCUUUAUGUAAUGGUUAACGCCCAGUCUCAAGGUUUCCGGCUGACAUUUCGCGAUAAAGAUAGAAAUCAGUUCAUGUCAACUAUUCGGAGAAUUGCAUAUAUUUCCGAAACUCCAGAGAAGAAUCAUCUGAAUAAAACCUUCACGAACACAGGAAACUGGGGAACUGGUUCUGGAAAAAAGAAAAAUGCAUUCACUUCAUCACAACCGGUGUCGUCAUCCGAUCGUCCCGUCCCAAGUUCUACACAGAGACCAGCUGCGAGAAAUUUAGCCAACUCUCUCCAAUCGGAUUUUUUCACUAAUCGGACAACAACCUCUUCUUUCGCUACUCCUGCAACAUUUUAUUCGCAGCCGGUUCACAAUCCAUACUCAAGACCCAUCUCGAGCGCCAGUUCUGUCAGUUCCUCGAUUAGUUCCGCUUUGAGCUCUCUCAAUGACGACUCGCCAUUCUUCAACUUUUCUCAGAGCUCCCGUUGUUCUUCAUACAUGUCUUCGCCUAGAUCCGAUCUAAUAAGAUCACCAUACUCGGGAUCUCAAGUUUCGGAUGGAUCGUCAUAUGCGAAUUUGGUCAGUCAUUCUCAAGGGAAUUCGUCUCAGCAUUCGUCAGAUCCGUUCACACAAUUCUCUCCACCUGUUACAACAUAUAACAAGUGCGUUCAAACGGACGGAAGUAUGAUUGAUAACCUCGCAAAAGAUCCAAUUUUUAUUGGAAAGUUUUUGGAGAGAAUGGUGAAGAGUUCGAAGCACGUUAAUUUAGUUAGAGCUAUGAGAGAACAGAUUCGAAAGCUACCACCAGGAAAACUUGCGGAUUUCAGCGAGAAGACUAAACAAACAAGUUCCAAAGAUUCAGCUCUCAGUUCUAGCAUCCAGCCAUCUAUGCAUCAUGAAAAAUCAGAUCUGGAAUAUGACGUCUUCGAGAAUGCGUGA